AUGCUGAUAAUGAACCAGNNGAAUAUCUACUUGAAGCCAAAGAAGGCUGGUGGCAUGAAGAUCACCUUCCAAACUCCUCCUAAGAACGGCCUCGACGAAAAGAUGUUGUACAACAUUCUCCGCGACUACAAGAUCUUGAACUGCGAAGUGCUCGUCCGUGAUGAGAAUGGUAUUCUUUACGUAUACAACAAGGUCGAUGCCAUUGGUCUCGAUCACAUGGACAUGCUAGCAAGAGAACCCAACACCGUCAUCAUGAGCUGUGAGCUCGACCUCGGCGUCAGAGAUGUAGUAGAUCGAUGCUGGGAAGAACUCGGCUUGAUCCGUAUCUACACCAAGAGAAAGGGCAUCGAUCCAGACUUUAGUGAGGCCCUGAUUGUCCGUGGCAACUCGACAAUCGAAGACGUUUGUGAUGCUAUCCAUCGCAAUCUCAAGGAGAGCUUCAAGUAUGCAUUGGUAUGGGGUGCUUCUGCCAAACACAUUCCUCAAAGGGUUGGUCUGGGACAUGUUGUCUCUGACGAUGAUGUGGUGUCGAUUGUCGGUACCAAGUCUGGUCUUGCAGCAAAGUAG